CUUCCCCUGAGGGCCGCUCGCGGCGGCCGGCAGGGCAUGUCCACCGCGCAGGUGUCCGCCGCGCCCGCCGAGCCCCCGGCCUGGGGCGCCGAGGGCCGAGACGGGCCGGCUGAAAGGGCCCGGCAGAGAGAGGCCGGAUCGCUCGGCGGGAAUGAGGCCGCGGAGAGCGGCGGCCGGCGGGAGCCCGAGCCCGACGAGCGGCGGCGGCCGGCGGUGGCCGAAGCCCCUCCGCCCAAGGAGAACCCGUGGACGAAGCGCAGAGCCGCGCAGGACGGCGAGGCCGACGGGCAGCACGCGCUGUGGGACCCAGAACUAGAGAAUUCCACUAAACAUGUAAAAGCAGCGAAAGCCAGGACGAGGAAAUGCAGCAAGGCUGGUGAUUUCGUUGAUAUCGGAGACUGGCCAACACCAAGUGAAACAGCAAACAAUGAAUGCAAGUCUGUAAGUUACAGUAAGAAGCCCACAAAUAGAAAAGAAAAGGAGGAGAAAUUUGAUCAAAAAGGCAAUAAUGGAACUAAGGACAACCUGGAGGCUAACCCAAAUGGUCCAGGAGAUAACAUUAGUGAAGAUGAAGGUCAAACUAACAACCAAAGGAAAAAAGGUAACAAGCAAAAAUGGGUUCCACUUCACUUGGAUGAUGUAAGGUCAGAUAGUCAAGAAAGAUCAAGCUCUCGAAGUAGCUCAAGAUCUCAGCUGGAAACAAACAAGUUGAUACUUCAUAACAACAGGCGGAAUGACACAAGAAAUUGGCAUCGUGAUAGAGAAAAGAGAGACGAUCACGAUGAAGUGUGCAGUGUGAGAAGUGAGGGUGGCAGUGUUCGAGAAUUCUCCAGAGGCAGAGGAAGAGGCAGAGGCAAAGGAAGAGGACGAAGCAGAGGAAAUCCUAGAAGGAACUUUGACUAUUCAGUUGGUUAUCAAGAACUGUAUGGUGAAAUAACUGACCAAGCAUUUCAACCUGAGCUUAACUCUAGUAUGAUGUAUUACUACGAUGAUGGAACAGGAGUGCAGAUGUAUUCUGUGGAUGAAGUUCUUCUGAAAGAAUAUAUAAAACGUCAAAUUGAGUAUUAUUUCAGCACAGAAAACUUGGAAAGAGACUUCUUUAUGAGGAGAAAGAUGGACCAACAAGGAUUUCUGCCUAUUUCAUUGAUUGCUAGCUUCCACAGGGUACAAGCUCUGACUACAAAUGCUACACUCAUUUUGGAGGCCCUAAAGGACAGUACAGAAGUUGAAACUGUGGAUCAGAGGAUAAGAAGAAGGGUUGAUCCAGAAAAGUGGCCAAUUCCAGGUCCACCUUCCUGUAAUCUGUCAACAACUGACUUUUCUCAGCUCAUCAAUUGUCCAGAAUUCAUACCAGGCCAAGUCUAUGGCUCACAUACUGAAUCUGCACCAAGUUCUCCAGGAAUGGGAAGCUUGUUGAGUCUGAAGGAAAACACUGAAACAAAUAAUUUUCAGACAAUAUCUAAAGGGUUGUCUACAAGUUUGCCUGAUUUGGACUCUGAACCGUGGAUAGAAGUGAAGAACAGGCAUCAUGCAUCCACUGUCAGAGUAAAGGAAUGCGUUCCUAUACCUGAUCAAGUAUCAGGCCAACAACAGCCACCCCCACCUCCAGAGGAACAAGAACAAGAAGAACUUGACUUCUUGUUUGAUGAAGAGAUGGAACAAAUUCAGGGUCAUAAGAAUAAAUUCACUGAUUGGUCAGAUAGCAGUUCAGAUUAUGAAAUUGAUGAUCAGGAUGUAAACAAGAUUUUGAUAGUAACACAAACACCACCAUAUAUGAGAAAACAUCCUGGUGAAGGUCAUGCUGGUAACCAUGUGUAUCACAGAAAAAUAACAUCAGAACUUGCUAAAGUUAUUAAUGAUGGCUUAUACUAUUAUGAACAGGAUUUGUGGACAGUGCAGAGUGAAAAUGACACUACAGUAAUGCGAGAGGUUGAGAACUUCAGGAAGCUAAAUCUCGUUUGUAAGGAAGAAUUUGAUAAUCUUACACCAGAACUGAUUGCUGAUCGUUCCCAAGAAUUUCCUCUGGGUUCUUCAGAGUUACAGAUAGCAGAGGAACCAGUUUGUAAUUUGUUCAGUACUGAAGCACUUCCAGCAGCAACAGUGGCUCGGUCACUGCCAACUGUAGUUCCGGAAUCUCCCCGAGUUCACCCCGGUUUCACCCCACGAACACCUCGCACCCCAAGGCUACAGGAUCCCAACAAAACACCCAGGUUCUACCCCGUUGUUAAAGAAGCACAAUCCAUUGAUGUGAAGGCUCCAAGAAAAAGAAAAACACGGCACAGUACAAAUCCUCCCUUAGAAUGCCAUGUCGGUUGGGUGAUGGAUUCCAGAGACCACAGGCCAAGAACUUCCUCUGUGAGCAGUUCCAAUGCUUCACCUUCAGAAGGAGCUCCACUCGCAGGAGGUUAUGGUUGUACUCCAAAUUCUCUUCCAAAAUUUCAGCAUCCUUCUCAUGAACUGUUAAAGGAAAAUGGCUUCACACAACAGGUGUACCAUAAGUAUCAUCGAAGGUGUCUGACAGAGAGGAAACGGUUGGGAAUUGGCCAGUCCCAGGAAAUGAACACGCUUUUUCGUUUCUGGUCCUUUUUCCUGAGAGAUCACUUCAACAGGAAAAUGUAUGAAGAAUUCAGACAGCUUGCUCUGGACGAUGCAAAAGAACACUACAGGUACGGGUUGGAAUGCUUGUUUCGAUUUUACAGCUAUGGCCUAGAAAAGAAAUUCAGGCGAGACAUAUUCAAGGACUUCCAAGAAGAAACAAAGAGAGACUAUGAAGCUGGUCAGCUUUAUGGACUGGAAAAGUUUUGGGCUUACCUAAAAUAUUCUCAGCACAAGACACCAGCCAUUGACCCCAAGCUGCAAGAAUACCUCAGUAAAUUUAGGAGACUGGAGGACUUCAGAGUGGAUCCUCCGUUUAGUGAAGAAUGUGGCAGGAGGCAGUUUGCUGCAGCAGGUGAGGAUUCGGGUCAUCGCAGACAUCCGGCUCGUUCCUGUAGAACAUUUCCUGUGGCUCAGCCUGCAGUGCUGGAGCACGUUACCAGUGGGAACACUGUGCAAGCACCCAGAGCAGGCCAUCCUACUGCUGCCACGAAAUCAAUAGAAAGUGAUGUACCAGAAAAAUAGACUAAGCCUCGCAACCCUUGAGAAUCAGCUUUUUCAUCGCUCUUUUUAGUUGGAGAUCUCCAAGGUGAGCCCAUCUAGUACAUGAUUAAAAGUGUAUGGGAAGACAAAGGACUGCAUUCUUUUUCGUGGGAUUAAGUUCCAAAACACCCUAGGAGAGUUGUUCUUGGUUUUGGGAUCAUCAAAAAGGUCCUA